GUUUUUUUCCUCCCUCUCCUUUUUGUUGAGGUAUUUGUGUGUUUUGCCGCGGCGUCAACGUUUCCAUUCUCGAUUUUUAAUUGUCCAGCCUCUUUCAGCGGCGUGCAUCGUAUAUACCUAGAAAGAGAGAGAGAGCAAGCUCGUACUCACACACACACAUAUACACACUCGCACUCCAAAAGAAGAACGAACUAGAUCAAGAGGCUUACACCCCUUUUUUUUUACAGAUUCCACCAAAAUGUCAUCGCUGCCAACCUUCAACGCGUAUGACGGCGGUGGCUCCAAUCCACGAAAUUCCCACACACUUCAGCAGCAGCAGCAGCAGCAGCAGCAGCCUUUGCGUCGCGGCGGGGCCCCGGUGCCAGCCCCACCCGCCCUCCUUUCCACCAAAUCGUCCGCCACCCGCUCGCUUCACUCCACACCCGUAGAAAACUUUUACGAUGCGUCGACGGCCACGACGACAUCCACGCCGUCGUCGCCUCCCUCCUACGGCGGCACCGCAGCCACUUCCUCGACCGCGCAGCCGCACAGAAGGUCCUCUUUACGACAUCGCGCCCGUGACGCUCCACACUCCUCCAGCGCCGCUGCCACAACGACGGCGCCGGCAACCGCAGCAACUUCGACUUCUACGCCGGCGCUCCCGUCGUCCGCCACUCCUUCCUCGUAUUCACACGCACGACGCACCCCACAUGGCAGGAGCAGGCGGGGAGACGCGCGUAGCACCCCGUCCGUCACCUCUGCCCCUACACCGCUCAACGCCAUCACGCGCCCGACGACGCCCGCUGGGACGGCGUCGAACUCGAAACGGCAUUCAUCGCAAUCGCGCAGAGCUCCACGUAGCCUUUCACGGCGAGCCCGCGACAAGUCAAUCCGCACGCCCACGCCGGAGGAUCGCCUGCGCGGUGGAGAGCGGCCAUGCGUGCCCCUCUCCCGCGGGCCGGGGUUCACUUCCUCCGCAGCGGCGGUUUUGAACGGUCCGACGAUUGUGCGUGCCAACUCCCCCGCAGCAGCUGCAUCGUCCUCCGCUCGUCGGUCGUUUCCUGGCGAUGACAUCCGAGUCGCUGGCGAUCAAACGAGCGGCGGCGUCCGCUCGCACCGGACCACGAACCCGAGCUCGGCCUUGCCACCGCAGGCGCGGCAGGAGACAGGCGCACCGACGCCUGCGCGCUCCUCCUCGGCGUCCCCCUCUGACAAGGUCGUCACGGCUGGUCCGACCAUCAUGUCGAACGUGGAGCGGGAGAAGGCUGAGCGCGCAGCCCGCAAGCAGCUGCGCUCCUCCAUGUACAACGGACACAUCAAGGUGCACGGCUACGUCGCACAGACCGCCUACGCGCAGCGCAAUCCCUUCCGCUGCCAGGACUUCGCGGAGUUUGCGGCGAAUCCGAAGUAUCAGCCGCCGGCGGGGUUUGACAUAUAUUCCCAAGCCCUGGCCACACGCGUGUACGGUCUGGAGGUGAGUCGUGCGAGUCAGGGCGAGUUUAUGAUGCAGCGCCUCGUCGAGGCCGCCCACCCGGCCACCGCGGAGGAGCGGGCGGAGAUGGAGGCGCUGCUGAGCUCCACCCUAGAGAAGCUUCAGGGGGGCGAUUGGUUCUACAAGUGGACCCGCAUCAACCACGUGCACCAGCGAUACGUGUGGCUGAACCUGCAGCGGGCCACGCUCAUGUGGUCGAUAAGUCCCACGCAGAGCGUCGUGCUGAACGCGGAGAUUAAGCUCUCCACUGUCACGAGCAUCACCCCUGACUGUUUGCAGCUCGAGUCGCCGAUGCGGGUCUUCUACCGCAUGACAAUCAACACCCCUGAUCGCUGCAUUAGCCUGGCGACUGAGAUUCGCAAGAAGUUUGAUGUGUGGUAUCGCGUGCUGCUGCAGCUGACGGCGCCGAAUCUCGUGUACGGUGUGCCGGGCGUCUGGGGCCGUCCGUCGAGCAGUUUGAAUACAACCGGCAGGGGCGCGGCGAGCCGGUGGGCAUCGCGCUUUAGCCCCCUCGAUGCCGUGGUGAACGACACGACCGGGCAUCUGGGUAACGAUGACAUCUACACCCAUGGAUUGCUCUCCUCCAGCGACUAA